CUCUUUGUACCUUGUGACAACAACAACUCAUCCACAGACCGAGCUGCACUUUUCAGCUCAUUUUCUUCCUGUCAUUCUCUCUCAAUCUUUGAUGAUUGUCCCACCGCGCAGAGCCGAAGUCUCAUCCACCACGGCCUUUUCUGUUCCUUUUCAUCUGUAAACUUACCGGCGGAACACGCUUCCUUUUGGAUUUUUCAUUGAGAUAUAACGGCCACCUCACUUUUUUGCACACUGGGUUUUUAUACUUUGAACUUACUCUCAUAUGUUGACCAUGGCCGUACCGGCUGCUUUGAUCCCACCGAACCCGCUGGUUCAGCCGUCUCCGAUCGUAACUUCAGCUCCAACCUCUUCGCCCUCGGCAACUUCUUCACCGUCUCCAUCCAUGGCCCCAACUGCACAGAGCCUGUUCCGAUCGGAGCUGAUAACCACCGGCAGUCCCGGCAUCCCGACCGCCACGCUGCCCAGUAAACCCGUGUACUCGACCCCGUCGCCUGUUGAAAACACUCCACAGAAUAAUGAGUGCAAAAUGGUUGAACUCAGAGGCGCUAAGGUAGCUUCGUUCACUGUGGACGGCAGCGAGCUCAUCUGCCUUCCCCAGGCGUUCGACCUGUUCCUGAAGCACCUGGUAGGAGGACUGCACACGGUCUACACCAAGCUGAAGAGACUGGAGAUCACGCCGGUAGUGUGCAAUGUUGAGCAGGUCCGCAUUUUGAGGGGACUCGGGGCCAUCCAGCCCGGCGUGAACCGGUGCAAACUCAUCUCCAGAAAGGACUUCGAGACUCUUUACAAUGACUGCACAAAUGCGAGCUCAAGACCCGGGAGGCCCCCGAAGAGGACGACACAGAGUGUUACAUCGCCAGAGAACCCCCACAUAAUGCCACACAGCGUCCCUGGCCUCAUGUCUCCAGGAAUGAUUCCCCCCACAGUUUGUGAUGUGAGUAACUCCUGCUUGCUACAGCAGGAAGUAUACCCUCACCCUCUCUGCUAUCUCCCCUUUGACUGGGCAGGUCUCACCGCUGCCGCCGCGGCCGCAGCUGCCGCCACCAACGCCGCCAUUGCCGAGGCCAUGAAGGUGAAAAAGAUCAAGCUGGAGGUCAUGAGCAGCUACCACGGCAACAACAACCACCACCACGGGGGCGGUGGCGAUUCGGAGAACGGUGACCUCAGCUCCAGUGUGGGCUUAGAACUUCCAUUCAUGAUGAUGCCCCACCCCCUAAUCCCAGUCAGCCUGCCUCCCGCCUCGGUCACCAUGGCAAUGAGUCAGAUGAACCAUCUCAGCACUAUCGCCAAUAUGGCCGCCGCUGCGCAGGGACAGAGUGCACCAUCCAGAAUGGUGACUUCAGUCAUCAAGGAGCGCGUUCCAGACAGCCCAUCUCCCGCCCCCUCCCUGGAAGAUGGCCGGAGACCAGGCAGCCAUCCGUCAUCCCAGCGCAGCAGCAGUGUGUCCAGCUCCCCCGCACGCACCGAGAGCUCCUCAGACAGAAUACCUAUUCACCAAAACGGGCUGUCCAUGAACCAUGCCCUCCUGGGCCUCUCCCCCAGCAUCCUGCCCGGACCCAAGGAGGGGGACCUCGCCCACGACAUGAGCCACGAGUCCAAGAGGAUGCACAUAGAGAAAGAAGAACAUCACCUGUGCACGCCAACAGCGAGGGAUAGCUACGAGAGGCUGUCGCUGGCCAGCCAGGCUUUGCCCCCAGGAUUCCCCUCCCCCUUCCUCUUUCCUGACGGCCUGUCUUCGAUAGAGACUUUGCUGACUAACAUCCAGGGUCUCCUGAAGGUGGCCAUAGAUAAUGCGCGUGCCCAGGAGAAGCAGGUGCAGCUGGAGAAGACGGAGCUGAAGAUGGAGCUGUUCAGAGAGAGGGAGCUCAGAGAGACUCUGGAGAAACAACUCGCAAUCGAGCAGAAGAACAGAGCAAUAAUCCAGAAGCGCCUGAAGAAGGAGAAGAAGGCCAAGAGGAAACUGCAGGAGGCCCUGGAGUAUGAGUCCAAGCGCCGGGAGCACGUUGAGCACACACUCAAGCAGACGUCACCCUCCGACAGCCUCCGCUCUCUCAAUGACUCGCUGACCCAGGAGAUGGAGACUGACCGCAGCACUGGCAGAACAGAUGCUGAAAGGACAAUACAAGACGGAAGACUCUUUUUAAAAACCACAGUGAUGUACUGAUAUGACACUGCAAAGCGUAUGAAGACAUAUGAAGACUCAGAUGAAGAUUCUUGCGAGCGUCUUGCCAGGAUUUCAGUCACACAAACUGGUCAAGUCUCGCGUGGAGCCUCCAACGAAGUGUGUGACUCAAAAACCAGAGCAAAGUUGAAUCAGAACUUAGAAUUAGGACUCUCUCACAGACAUCGUCAUAAUAUAGUGAUGGAAGCAAAGGAGGAUGACUCAAGUCUGCAGUACUGAAGGCAAAACAAAUUGAGCACAGUAAAAAAAAAAACAUGUACCUAGGUGUACACUGGUUAUUCUAUUUCCAACAAACCCACAGCACUGAAGAUUUUUAUACUGUAUUUAAACCAGCGAGAAAGCUUUGAUGAAAAGGAAAAAUCUGCUUCAGAGGUUGUUCUUUUUUUUCUUUUCUUUCCUUUCUUUUUUAUGUAUUUUAAGAAAUUCUUAACAGUCAUAGAUAUUUGCCAAGAUGAUAAAAUAGGUUGGAUGCAGCCUCUGGAAAUGUGAAUUUGAAUAUAUGUUGCUCAACAAAAACAACUAAUGUUUGUUUGAUGUUUUCUAAAUUAGAAGAAGAUACAAUCAAGUUUCCUUUCUACCAUUGUUGUAUAUACCACGACAGAGGAUAGGUAAAAUCACUCACUAUGGUAUAUGUAUAUAAAGUCAAAGAAAAAAAACAAAAAACAAAAUGGUAUUGUGUAUGUAGUAGAACAAUUAGGGAAACAAUACCGACCAUUUAUAUGUACUUUAUAGAGUUGUUUUAUUAUUGUUUUUGUUUUUUUUUUGCUUUGUUUUGUUUCUGAGCCAUCGUUGUUUUCAAAUAGCUGCCGUUUUGGUGAGGAUGCAUGCAGGCAUGUACAUGUGUGUCCUGAAAUGAUCAUAUUUAAUAAAAAAAAAACGUUACUGUGCCGAACAAAUAGAUACAUCACUAAAAACCCAGAUUGAUUUAUUCCCUGAACUACUCCAUCAUUUGGAUGUUAGUAUUUCCACAUCAAUCACAAUUUGUUGUAAAGAUCUUAUGGCUAUUUAUAGUCAUUAUUUUAAGGGAGUUUACUGUUUUUGAGGUAUUUAACACUAAAGAGGAUGUGAUUUUGAAAGUGCGUGACUCAACGCAGAGGGGGGGUGGGGGUGGUGUGGGGGGGAGGGCACACUGUUUUUAUUUGUAUAUUUCAUUAUCAUAUCAGUUCAAAUCCUAAUGGGGAGAAAACCCUUUUUUUUUAAAGAAAAACAAAAAAAAAACAUUUAAUGAAUGGAGGUGUACCUGGUGUAAAGUCACAGUGAAGUUGACAUUUUCUCUGUAAUUUAAACCAAAUGUCCUGCGGCUCUGAUAGGGUCUACCUAAUAUUUUUGUUCUUGCCCAACCCAACAAAGUUUGUGUCAUUACUUUAACUCCCCUCACUCACACACAUGUUUGCCCAUUGUGUGAAAUCAGUGGUGGGAAACCUGGACCAGGAACCAGGAGUAAAUAACUGAGGUCUCUUGUCCUGAGAGAAAAAAAGGAUCAGAUGGGUUUUUUUCUUUGUUUUUUUUUCUGCUGAGGAUUUACUGUACUGUAACCCCUUGUGGUUCGCGAUACCUCAAUAACACCCCCACUGUCCUGUGUUUCAACUGUACAUACAAGUGUUGUUGAAGAGUAAUUAUGACCAACAAGGCUAUUCGGCCUAAACGUUGGUACAUUGGUAUAAAGAUGCAUCUGAAAAUCAACUGUGUCCAAUCCAUUAUAAUACAGUACUGUUCCCCUUACAUGAAAAUAGACCAUUAUCUAUUGCUGGAGAAUCUCAUGAACUGCCUUCAAAGGGUCAGUGAUUCAGUUACCAUCAAAGAAAACCGUUAAAUUGCUGUAUCAUUGAUGGUGAGACUAAGGUUAUCUAGCCAGCAGAGGAGUUUGCAUUGUUUGCUGUGCCAAAAUACCACAAAUAAUCACUGUUUUGGUGCAAAAAUGCCAGAGACAUAAUUAUAAAAAAAUAAAAGAAUAUUCAAAGUAAUAGGCAAAAUAAUUGGAGUAAACAAUGAAAUGAGCAAAGCUUACAGUUUUGAAUUUUGUAAAAUGAAAGGGCCGCUCUUUGAUUUCAUUUUUUGUAGUUACCUUAAAAGGAUUCUCAUUAACUUGUCAAACAUUGUUGGUUGUUGUCCCGGGCUUUUGACAAUUGAAAUGUUUAUUAUGUUAAACAACUGUUAAACUAAAUGUUGCCAUUUAACCCAGUCAAACAUGGGUUUGCUUUUAGUUUUUAUUUUAUGGAUAUUGUAUAACAUUAUUACAUGCAGGUAUACACUGUAGCAAGACUUAAGAGCAUAUUGUUCCUCCUCACUUUGUGUUGCAGUAAAGGAAAUGUCUGAGUAUUCUAA